AAUGUACAAGUUUAAUUUCGUUUUCUGCGCGCUGCUGCUCUUCCAGGGCAUUCGAGCUUUGCAAGAUAGUGAAUCAUCUGAUCAGUUAGAAAUCGCGGCUCGUAUCAUGUUUGACGAUGAUCUACAUGAAUUUGUAGAGUUUCUGCGCUUGCAAAUGCCUUGUGGUUAUGCAGCAGCAGGCAUAGCACCGUUAGCACCUUUACAAGCCGCCUACCGAGGAAUUAAUGUGACCACUGGCAAUGCGGCCUUACGGGGCAAUGUUAUCAAUCUCAACAUCAGCGGUCUCGACGAUUUCGAAGUUUAGGACGUCCGUUUCAACAACAUGCUGCAAAGAGUGAUGUACGAUUUGAUUUUCCCCGAAAUACUGUUCACCCGGCCUCUAUAAAGCUUAUAUAAAUACUAAGUUCCUGGGUUCCUCAGUGCGUGUGUAUGGCGAUGCCGCACUGCACUUGGCUUUGAAGAAUUUGCGUAUUUAUGGAAGUUUCAUAGUGCGUCCCAAACUCACCGGCAGCGUGAGAAUGACCAAAUUCAAAGUAACAUCGGAGUUGGGCGCUGUGAAGUCGAAGUUGACCGGUAUCAUGAAUAGUACUUUUAAGACGAAAAUCAUCAACGCUUGGAUUAAAAAGUUUAUAAAUCUGACUUUGUUAGAAAAUUACAUAAAAAUAUGAAAUUUCUAUGGUUUAAAGAUUUGAAUAAAUACUAUGCGCUGAUGUUCUCUCAAACGUUUAUAAUUAAAAAGAAA